AUGACCGUCUUUUGCUUUUCUGCCUGCGAAGCUACUACUACGGAAAGUACUGAGGUAGGAAGCUUUCAUCGGUACAGUUUGAGUCAAGCUUUCGGUGGCAAGGAGGAUGGGGAGCAGGACCACAAAAAGGCUCGAAUUGCCCCUUCACUCGUUCCGAUUAGGAACGCUGCCUUCGCUGUACGUCGCCCACCAACUGCAGAUUCCACUUGCCCGAUAAGGAUUAUAAUGUCAUUGUCAUGCUCUAGCUCUAGCUCUAGCUUUAGCUCUAGUUCUAGCUCGAGCUCUAGCUCUAGCUCUAGCUCUAGCUCUAGCUCGAGCUCUAGCUCUAGCUCUAGCUCUAGCUCUAGCUCUAGCUCUAGCUCUAGCUCUAACUCUAGCUCUAGCUCUAGCUCUAGCUCUAGCUCUAGCUCUAGCUCUAGCUCUAGCUCUAGCUCUAGCUCUAGCUCUAGCUCUAGCUCUAGCUCUAGCUCUAGCUCUAGCUCUAGCUCUAGCUCUAUCUCUAUCUCUAGCUCUAGCUCUAGCUCUAGCUUUAGCUGUAGCUGUAGCGCUAGCUCUAGCUUUAGCUCUAGCUCUAGCGCUAGCUCUAGGUCUUGCUCUAGCUCUAGCUCUAGCUCUAGCUCUAGCUCUAGCUCUAGCUCUAGCUCUAGCUCUAACUCUAGCUCUAGCUCUAGCUCUAGCUCUAGCUCUAGCUCCAGCUCUAGCUCUAGCUCUAGCUCUAGCUCUUGCUCAAGCUCUAGCUCUAGCUCUUGCUCUAUCUCUAACUCUAGCUCUAGCUUGAGCUGUAGCUCUAGCUCUGGCUCUAGCUCUAGCACUAGCUCUAGCUCUAGAUAUUGGAUAAUAAAGGACCAGCAAGGAGGACUAUUUCGAGCCAUUAACACACGCAGGCUUUACGUGAACAAUAUUCGUAAAGACUACACACCGGGUCUAGAUAAAUGUGAGGAUGUGAAGAGAAACUUGAUCAUAAGCGUGCGCGAUGUGGUUAACAAGUGGAAGCAGCUUUUUGAUGAGUACCUCAAUAGCGGUGCAACGGAAGAAGGUCGAGAGGAAGUUGACUUUGGAAGUUAUUCAAUUAAAACCACUACCGCCUGCGCCACUGGCACUGCGGAGAGCUACUCGUCUUAUCGGAGAAACCCGUCCCGGUUCCGGUAG